AUGUCGAAACUAGACCAACUAGUCAAAGGCGCCCCUCCUCCUGAGAAUAGAUACGAUAUCUCCUCAACCACUCCGAUCAUUUCUACAGAAUCACAGACUUCGCCGUCAGUGCCAGAUCCACUAGCAUCUCUACCCUCGUCCCCCCCACAAAUCUACCUCAACCUCUUGAUCCUCGAAGCAUCGCUCCGAGUACAAUGGCUCCAACUACGAACUAGACGACGACAGCACACAUUCUUCUUGAUGCUCCUUGGGCUGUGGAAUAUAUAUUUUGGAUACGCAUUGUUUCUUAAACCGCGCGAAGAUGGCAGUGGUGUCGGAGGGUCCGUAUACUGGGUGGUGGAGGUGGUUGAGAAGGUCUGUUUUAUGGGCGGCAUCUUCACCGGAAUAUUGAUUUGGGUUACUGGACAAUGGGAACGAGGGAUACGAUAUCCCAGGAGAUGGGUCUUUACUACGAAUAGGGGAUUGAGGGGCUUCAACUGCAAACUGGUGGUCAUCAAACAGCAUUGGUGGAGUGAUAUCAUAUCUACGCUGGGCUUCUUGUUCUCAUAUGGACUGUUUUCUGGCAACAACGGGACCUCGUAUCGAUUUGUUGACCAUACACUACUAAAGGAUUCGGAGAAAGGGCAACGGAAUGGAGGAAAUAACGUGUUACCGAACAUAAAUGAGCACGAUGAUCUUGGUCACGAGGAGGAUUUGGCAGACGGCGGGGAUUAUGUGCAGCUUUUGUUAUUGCCGAAACCCUUUUCUGCAACUUUCCGCGAGAACUGGGAUAUAUUCCGCUCGGAAUACUGGGAGAAAGAGAAUGAACGGAGAGCAGGAUUGCGGAAGAUCUUCAAAGCAAGAGACAGGAAGGUUGCCAAGGAAGAGGGAGGUUGGCUAUGGUGGACAGGCUAUCGGGGUUUCAAGCGUGGAAAGACACCUGAUAUUGAGAAGAUUCAUCAUUCUGUUCAUCGACAUGGGACUGUUGAGAAAAGACCUCGUAGCGGAAGCAUUCGGUCUGGCUCUCAUUCCAGGAACUCUUCACGAAGUACCACGCCUAGUGCUGAGCCAGAGGAGUCUACUGGAGGACACAGUCGCGCAGGGAGUACUGCUUCGGACCGAAGGAGAAAGAAGAGUACUGCUGCUAUUGGAACCAGAGUUCAGAAGCUUUCACCUUCCGGAUCUCGCUCUGUAACUCCAGACGUUCAUUCUCCUCUGGCAAGAGAGAACAGCUAUACAAGUGUUUCUUCCUUGGAUAGCGAGCGUUAUGGAGUUUCGGGGGGUGAUGGGGAUUCUACGAGAUCACUAAAGCCAAAGCCUGCCCCGUCGAGGAAGCCUGGGUCUAGUAAAGGUGCUAAGUAG